AACGAAGGUCAAGGUGAUUGGUUCGAAAGUCAUUAUCUUGAAUUCAGAGAGAAUUACUGACCUAGACACCGGAACUAUUUGAAUUCAAGGUAUCGCCAUAUUAGAGAUUGCACCAUGAAGCCUAAGGUUUAUGUUACUCGAAUUGUACACGAAGAGGGCUUAAAUAUACUCAGAGAGAAGUAUGAAGUAGAAGUCUGGAACAGUGAUGACGUCAUUCCUCAUGAUGAGUUAAAGAAACACGUCAAGGGAAUAUCGGCAUUAUUUUGUACCAUUGCUGAUCAAAUUGAUUCGGAAAUACUGGAUGCUGCAGGGGAGAAUUUGAAAGUAGUUGCCACUAUGUCGGUGGGUACGCAUCAUAUUAAUGUUAAAGAUUGUAAAAAAAGAGGAAUUCAAGUAACCAAUACACCAGAUGUGGCCUCUGAUAGUGCUGCUGAAUUAACUGUGGCUUUACUCUUGUUGACUACCAGAAGGUGUUUGGAAGGAAUUGAAGCCGUUGAGAAAGGUGAAUGGGGAAAAUGGAAGCCCAUGUGGAUACUUGGUACUGAAUCGGUUAAUCGAACAAUCGGUAUUAUAGGUAUGGGCCGAGUUGGAUUUGGUGUUGCUCGACGAAUGAAACCAUUUGGUGUAUCAAGAAUUCUUUAUAAUGACGUAGCACCAUCAUCCUUUGCAGCAGACAUCGAUGCUGAAUUUUGUUCACUUGAUCAACUUUUAACAGAAUCAGAUAUUGUUUGUAUUUGUUGUGCGCUCACUCCUCAAACAGAAAAUCUGAUCGACAAGGCAGCAUUUCACAAAAUGAAAUCUAAUGCAGUGUUGAUAAACACAUCUCGUGCUGCUGUUAUUGAUCAAGAAGCUUUAUAUGAAUCUUUAAAGAACGGGGUAAUCCAUUCAGCUGGCUUAGACGUUACUAACCCAGAACCUUUGCCAAAAGAUCACCCACUGCUUACUUUGGACAAUUGUAUAAUUUUACCACAUCUUGGUACAAACACAAGUGAAACACGAGCCAGUAUGUCUAUAAAUACUGCUCUGAAUAUUGUAGCAGUUUUGGAUUCAUGAUUUCCGAAUUUUUUUGCAAAAUGCAUUUAUAUUCUUUGUUAUGUAAUUUUGGUUGCUAUAAAUAUCUAACAAAGUUGCAGAAUACCACAUAACUAGAGGAACAUGUGAUAGAAGAGCACAUUUUAGUAAUUGUUGUUAUUUUUGAUUUGGUUUAUAAUAAACGACUAGAAUAU